GGUUCCUAUUUAAGCCUCCCUGCUAAGAACAAAAAAAUAAAGAGCUCUUCCUGGAGUUCUCUAUAGUGUUCUUUUACAUUCUACUACUUCUCCAUGGCUAUGAAGCUUCACCUCACAGUAGCAAUAUUACUCCUCUGUGUCCUCACUGAGGUUCCUCUUCAAAAAACAGUGGUGGUGGAAGCUGACCUGGUGGUUCCAAGAGAUCCGAACAACAAACCGGUCCCUAUCCUUGACUGUGCGGGGCUGUGCGCGGGGCGGUGCAGCCAACACUCGCGGCCGAACUUGUGCGCUCGGGCGUGCGGCACUUGCUGCUCCAGGUGCAAAUGCGUGCCGCCGGGCACCUCCGGCAACCGCGAGAUGUGCGGCACGUGCUACACCAACAUGACCACCCACGGCAACAGGACCAAGUGCCCUUAGGCAAAUUUACCACCAUAUAUCUAGUAUAUAUAUUUCUGUGUACUACGAAAAUGAUGACCAAGAUGUAUGGGUGUUCCAUCCUCUUUUUGUUCGUUAUACUUCUAUAUAUGUAUUACAUAAAUUAGCGUGACAUGAUCUAUAUGUAUGAGUCUAGCUCUGGCUUGGUAUUUUGGCUGUGAAAAGUUACUACGUUGGGUGUAAUAUACUACUACUUUGCUAUGUAUUAGUGGCCUUGUUUAUAUGCAGUUUAAUAAGAUGGUACCCAUGUAGGAAGAUGUUUUUUUUUUC